AUUGGAGUCUAAGGUAUCGCUAAUUGUAAGCAACAGAGCCUUACAUUUCUUUGAGGAUAAACCGCGACUAAUGCAUGUCAUGAGCCGAUUGUUGGCCAAAAACGGGUCACUUGUGGCCACAUAUCCGUUGACACCGGAUCUCAUGUCUCGCAUAACCGAUGAGGAAAAGCGUGCGUUUGGUUUGCAGUCCUUCCGCACGCCAUCGCCAGACCUACAGAUUGACGAUAUGGUGCGCGCGUGUGAGGGCACCGGCUUUCAAGUGCUGGACAAACAAUUGUAUCUCUACGAAUGGCACCUUGAUGCUAAAAUAUUUCUCGCUAGGAAACAAUUUCCGCAGAUAUUUGUGCCGUUAAUCUCAUCGGAAGAUAAUCCGGAGAAACAGGCGUUAAUCCAAAACCUGAUGUUUGAUGUGGCGCUCAAUCCAAACGCCCGGCGCCUCAAUCCAGACGCCAUCGCAGAGCUCGGCUCUCCUCCAACCUUUCAAACUGUGUUUCACAUUCCCUUGGUCAAUUUGAAAUGCAGUAAAUUGUAAUUAAUUGACUCACAAUUCAGUUGUCAAUAUUAAAAAUGAAUUUAUCUAGAUUAGAUGUUACCUAAAAUUGGUAUUUCUUAGAAUUAGUAAACUAGAUAAUAUUACCUCGUUUUAUCUGUUA